AGCGGCUGGAUAUUUAAACUCCGCCACGUCCCAAUAUAUAUGGCCCCGUUAUCUAGGCGUUUCCCUACAAUCGCUCUCCUCACAAACCACCCCCUCUAAAUUCCCGUACUCUACUCGCGUGAGUUUUUGAUCGCUCUCGAGCAUCUAUUUGUAUAUAUGAGGCUGACAUCGAGACACAGAAUGCAGAUUUUUGUCAAGACGCUCACCGGCAAGACCAUCACUCUUGAGGUCGAGUCCUCUGAUACCAUCGACAACGUCAAGGCCAAGAUCCAAGAUAAAGAGGGUAUCCCACCCGACCAGCAGCGUCUCAUCUUCGCUGGCAAGCAGCUCGAGGAUGGUCGGACGCUCUCUGAUUACAACAUCCAGAAGGAGUCUACCCUCCACCUUGUUCUUCGUCUCCGUGGAGGCAUGCAAAUCUUCGUCAAGACCCUCACGGGCAAGACCAUCACGUUGGAAGUGGAGUCAUCCGACACCAUCGACAACGUGAAGGCGAAGAUUCAAGACAAGGAGGGUAUCCCUCCCGACCAACAACGCCUGAUUUUCGCCGGCAAGCAGCUCGAAGACGGUCGCACCCUUUCCGACUAUAACAUCCAGAAAGAGUCCACCCUCCAUCUCGUUCUCCGUCUUCGUGGUGGUAUGCAGAUCUUUGUUAAGACCCUCACGGGCAAGACCAUUACGUUGGAGAGGGCAUUCCCCCCGACCAACAGCGCUUGAUCUUCGCUGGCAAGCAGCUCGAGGAUGGUCGCACUCUGUCCGACUACAACAUCCAGAAAGAGUCUACCCUCCAUCUCGUUCUCCGUCUUCGUGGCGGUAUGCAAAUCUUCGUCAAGACCCUUACGG